AUGGCGAACAAACUAGACGCGAUGAAGCCGCAAAGGAAGAUUGAACUGUUUUCCGGGUCCUACUUUGCGGCAUGUACAUUGGGUGGAGUUAUCGCGUGCGGUCCUACGCACACCAUGGUUACCCCUCUUGAUCUGGUGAAAUGCCGGCGCCAAGUCGAUUCUUCCCUCUACAAAUCCAACACUCAAGCCUGGAAAAUGAUCUACUCCAAAGAAGGUCUCCGCGGCGUCUUCUUCGGUUGGACCCCCACCUUCAUUGGCUACUCAAUGCAAGGCGCUGGCAAGUAUGGUUUCUACGAAGUCUUCAAGUACCUUUACGGUGAUAAGCUUGCGCCUGGUGCACCAAAGCAGGUUGUUUACCUUGCUGCUUCAGCUUCAGCGGAGUUUCUUGCUGAUAUUGCGCUCUGCCCUAUGGAGGCCAUCAAGGUCCGCAUGCAGACUACCAUGCCGCCAUUUGCGCACACAUUGAGGGAAGGGUGGGCAAAGGUCAUCAAGGAGGAGGGUGUUGGUGGCCUGUACAAGGGACUGUACCCACUGUGGGCGCGCCAGAUCCCGUACACCAUGGUCAAGUUUGCGACGUUCGAGGAGACAGUCACCCAGAUCUAUCGCUUCUUGGGCAAGCCGAAGGAAUCGUACGGUGGUCUGCAACAGACUGGUGUUUCGUUCUUGGGAGGUUACAUUGCGGGUAUUGGGUGUGCCGUUGUAUCGCAUCCCGCAGAUGUCAUGGUCUCGAAACUCAACAACGAUCGCAAGCCUGGUGAGGGAGCGGGCCAGGCUAUCGGCCGGAUAUACAGCAAAAUCGGCUUUACUGGUCUGUGGAACGGGCUUCCUGUCCGCAUCUUCAUGAUUGGUACUCUGACUGCCUUCCAAUGGCUCAUCUACGACUCUUUCAAAGUCUAUCUCGGUCUGCCUACGACCGGAGGACAUUAA